AUGUCAAGCUUCGGCAAAUUCCUAAAUCCCACAUUCUCAAAGGGUACAUGGAAGCCAGACUGGCAUACUGAAGAUCGAGACCCAACUUUCGUCCGAGCGGAUCCAGUUAAACCGAAUUCAGAUGCCGGCAAAAUAUCAUGGUGGGGAGGCAUGCCAGCAUUGGAUUUGCUGAAACUGGAUGGAAAUGAAGGCCAGGAUGCAUCCUCCAAGAUGCGUAUUCUCCUCACAUCAUCACACGAUAUUCGAAACAUAGUCGAAACAGUCGCUCGUUUACCAGAUUCGUAUUCGGGACAAUGUGAGAUCGCGGCGAAUGGCGUCAGCUUUGAGGUUUUCGCACAGAAUAUCGUCCUUGCUUUGACGGCUUUCCAUUUUCCACCAGAGAAAGCCGCCCCUAUCAUGAUUCACUUGUGGUAUUCAGCAUUGAUACCCUCGUCUGUUCUCGCAGCACUUCAAUCCAAGCUCCUGCCGUUGAUUGACGAAGUCUGCUCCCAAGCUGAACUGAAACGUCCCGAGCGGUUUUUCAAAUGGGCCUGGAAGACGAAAACAUCAUGCUUACAAGUAGAACUUCUGAGAGAGGAGUGGAAACGCCUUCGAUACACUCUUCGAUUUCCUGGUCGUUUUUCUGCUUCAGAAGCUACCCGCAAUCGACAAGAUGUCACGUUGCCAGACGGAAGAGUAGAUGCACUCCACAGGUAUCUAUACGCACAGCCUCGAUAUUGGCGUCUCUGCACGAUGAAGUUCCUCCGAGAUGGAAUAUUGUUGCCGUUCGGAUGCUCACGCAAAGAAUUUGACACUCCUAACCCGAUGUUUUUCUCUACUGGUCGUUCUUGGCCUAUGCCAGACUCUGCAGAUCCGCGCGGCAGCUGGGACAUCCAGGAGGUAUGCACUGGAGCGUACACUGCAAAUUAUCCCGCGAAGAAUGACCUGUACGGUAUGCUAUUCAUCCACCUCCGAGAGACUUUGUUGCGUUUCUGUCGACAACUUAGGAAGCGGCGCAUCGCCAUUCGACUUAUUUCUGUCGAUACACUGAGUCUACCAGGAUAUUUUCGAAGGAUAAAACAUCCAGGAUUUGACAGAAUUGAGACAUACAUAAACGCAGAAAAGGACGUGCUUGGGAUUGACAGCACCCUCGCCCUCAAUAUCCCGUUGCUGAAACCGAAAAUCCAGAACCCAAAGGCCAUGAUCCUUGUCCUCUUUAUCUGCGACAUUGAGCAAAUGUUUAGUAUGGACACAAUUGACAAGGACAUCGCUUGUGUUGCGAAAUACCUCCCUGAACCCGAGACAACGGAUCCCAACGAUGCAGACCAAUUAAGAAGAAGGAGAUCAAGCUCUUUUGUCUGCAAUGUCAGUAAAUUGUUUGAUCUUUACAAAAAGGCCCAUGGCUUCGACAAAAUCACGGAAAGAUAUGGGUUGAAGAUGAGGGGCAAUCACACAAUCGUGGCUCACUGGCCAAUGCGACCUGGAAAGAACGCGCCCCAGAAGGUGUUUGAUAUCCUCGAGGGAUCCGGCGCCACUGGCUUCGAGCGCUACGUCGAAUGGGAAUGGGCAUGA